AUGAAGACUUAAUUUGAUAAAAGCAGAAUUGUCAAUGUCUACUCUCCAAACCUCCCUCCAUUUAAAUUGACUCUCACUUUUAAAACUACUUUUAAUGAUGUUCGCAACCAAAUUAUAUAAGGCUGGAGUGUCAUUCCUAAGCGAGUCAGAAUCUUUAAUUAAAAUGGUCAUGAAUUGAUAGAGCAAGAUUUACAAUUUGUUCUAGAUGGAAAUAAAUUAUAUAUCACUCUCUUCGGUUAGGACUUGGAUGCAAGCAUCAUAUUCUAGGAGUACGAGAUUGUUUCAGAAAUUGGUAAGGGAGGCCAAGGAACUGUCUUAUUGGCGAGACAUAAGUUCAUUGGAUCCUUUGUGGCUGUAAAAAUAACGAGGGAUAUCGAAGAAGAGGACUCAAUUAUAAAAAGGGAAUCCAAAAUCUUGAAAGAAUUACAACAUCGUAAUAUUGUUAAGGUCUUUCAAACUCUCUAUUUUUCCAAGACCAAGGAGUGCAUUAUCAUUAUGGAAUACUUGGAUGGUGGAUCCUUGCUACAACUAAUUCGAAACAAAGGAACAGUAUCUGAAUAGGAAGCCAAGAUCUACAUCAAGUAGAUUGUAGAGGCCUUGCUCUUCUGUCAUUCUAAGACAUUUGUUCACAGGGAUUUAAAAUUAGAAAAUAUCAUGUUAGUUAAUUAAGGCAAUACUUGGGUCAAAUUAAUAGAUUUUGGAUUGGCAGGAGUGGCUGGUACUUAGAGGGAAACUGAAACUAUGAAUGUCGGAACUCUGCCAUACAUGCCUCCUGAAGUCCUUAAUGGGAAACUCAAGUUUGUUAGUCCUUGUGUAGAUGUAUGGGGAAUAGGUGUCAUUAUGUAUAGUCUGCUAUAUGGUAAAUUACCUUUUAAAGGAAGAACGAAUGAAGAAAAAGUCAGCAACAUUCUUCUAUGCAAUUUCUAACAUGAACUAAGUGUCUCAGAGGAAGCUAAGGAUCUUAUUAAUCGAAUAUUUGUACCCAAAAAUAAUCAAAGAAUAUCAAUCCAAGAGAUAUUAGCUCAUAAAUGGAUAGGAGGAAAUGGAUUCACACAAUUUCGAAGAUUGCUUAAAAAAUAGGAAAACCCAUAUAUCAAAAAUAGCAAAAGGAAAAAUGAUUUCGAAAUCAGAAAAAAAAGUGUCUAUGAUGAAUAAAAAGUUAGAAUUUCUCUUCCUCUUAUCCGUUAUCGAGCAAACUCUUAAGAAACUAUCAUUGAUAUUUCUAAGUGA